AGGGUUUUUUUUACUGUCUUGCCCUCAUUGUGUGGACAAUCCUGGAUGAGAAGCAAGCAAAAACAAGAAUAUCCCUUUGGCAGUAACAUACUAUUGAUAGUAUGUGACUGAUUGAUGUGUAUCUGCAUUUUGUCCUCCUUCGUGUUUCUCCUGAAGAUUAGCAGCACUGGACUAUUCCUGUGAACUUUUUGACCUCAGCCUGCCAGAAAUGGAACAUUCGGGGAAGAAAAGAGGCAUUGUGAUAAAAGAUGACUGGCCAGGAUACAGCCUGGACCUGUUCACCUACCCAGAGCAUUACCAUGACGACAUAGACAGUGUUUACAUUCCACACGGUGUCGUCAUGGACAGGACCGAGCGCCUAGCCCGCUACAUCACAGAGGACUUUCUGGACAACAACAUCAUGGUCCUGUGCGUCCUGAAGGGCGGCUACAAGUUCUGUGCCGACCUGAUGGAGUACAUCAAGGUGCUCGGACGCAACUCCAACAAGUACCUGGAGACACGGGUGGAGUUCAUACGGCUCAAGAGCUACCUGAAUGAUCAGUCCACAGAGGACCUGCACAUCAUCGGCAGCCGAGAUCUAUCCUUUCUACGUGGAAAGAGCGUGCUCAUUGUUGAAGCCAUUGUUGACACAGGCAAGACAAUGAAGGCCCUUCUGAAGCAUGUGGAGACCUUUGAACCCAAGAUGGUCAAGGUCGCGGGUCUGCUGGUGAAGAGGGCUCCCAACAUGGAUGAGAACCUGACCGACUAUGUCGGAUUUGAAAUUCCAAACCGCUUCGUCGUCGGCUACGCUCUGGACUACAACGAGUACUUCCGCGACCUCAAUCAUAUCUGCGUCAUCAGCAAGACCGGGAAGCAAAAGUACAAGAUCUGACUGUUUUAUAAUACUGUACGGGUAUUUUUGUGACGAUGAUUUAACGCAAAGGAAUAUACAUUUGUAUAUCUUCGAUAGGUUUGUGUUGUGUGUAAAUGUAAUUAACACAUAAAGACAUUGCUAAAUCAAAGAAAUUAGUGCGGGCCAGCCGAUGAGGACGCUGGUGGCAGAUGGCGAGAGAUUAUUAAAGUUGGCAUCAUCGAGACUUGCUCUGACUCAUGGAAAACACACAGUGUGCGCAGUGUCGAGGCCCGAACACACACACAAACACACAAAAUCAUAAUAUGCUUGUUCCCAAUUACAGGUACAGUAUAAAUAGAAGCCUUCAUUCCUUCAAGCCUUCUUUUCAGUGUUAUAUAGCUUCAAUGACCAAAUGACAUCUAGUGAGAAUUAUGCCUAAAUAAUAUUAUAAAGAGCUAUUUAUAAUAUUUUGACCCCUCAUUUAACCAAAUAACAUCAUCUUUGUGACAGUGUCAAUUAAAAGUGAGCGUUAUUCCUCCUCAGCCUCACUGGACCGUGCAGGUGAGCAUACCUAAUAAAUAAACUAAUGUUGUGGCCUGUGUGAGUGUCUUCUCUAAGCAAAUAGUGCCCCCCUGGGCCUUGACCCCCUUGAAAAGGACCCUUAAGGUAGACAUCAAAACAGACAACAAACACGCUCCAAAUGUCCAGAAGAAUGUUGUUUCCUUUGGUCUUGUUGCCGUUGCCAGAGCGACAGAGAGUCAAGUGUCGCUAAUCGCCACUUCAUGUACAUAAAAUUGACUUUUUGUGAUGUUUAUGACAGUAACAGGAACAGCUUUGGAAAAAAAGGCUUCACUACACAUGUUAAAAAGCCAGAAGCUCUACCAACUAUCAGUCAUCUACAGAUGUGGGAGCUGUAAUGUAAUGUCUCACAUAGAUAUGCUCAUGUUGCUGACGUUUGUGUCCUGUCCCACUCCUCAACAUUACAUUGCUGUAUUGUGAUCACCCAAUGUGGCGCCCUAGGCAAGCUUUUAUAUGGCGCUCUCCUCCAUCGGCGGCUUACAUAGGCUUACAUAAGAAAUUGAAUGGCAAUUGUUUUUACCGUUGUCUUGAAUUUGUAAGAUAUUUCAACCAAUUUACAUGCUUAACAAAUUACAAAUAAAUACAAAAAAAUCUCAUCCUGUAAAUAACUGAAUAAAUGAUUAACAUUAUAAUAACAAUAUACACAAAAGCUAUAUAAAAUACCCAUACAGUAAUCCCACGUUUAUCACGGUUAAUUGAUUCCAGACCUUACCAGACAGACAACACCCCUAUAGUCACCUUUACACUCACCCAGCAUAGUAGACAUAAGAGUAAAUAAGUCAGACAAGACGUAAAUAAGACUUGUGCUUGUGUGUGUUGCUAUACAUUUGUUCCCUAGGGGAGCAGAGUGAUUGGUGGACAGGAAGUGACGUUGGGGGUUCUGAGUUUCAUCUUCCUGUGGGUUACAGCCGCAACCGUAGCCCGUGUAUUUAUUAAGGGUCAAACCUGCAAUAAA